UAGUGACGCUCAAACCAGGCAUAACUUUUGCAUACUUGGCAUCUCACCAUCAAAAGCGCCAGGCAUCACAGUAUCAUAUCGCACUGAUAUGAUAAAGUGCAACAAAACAUCUCAAGAAUAUAGAGAAAUGUGAAAAAUAGAAGACAAUUUCUCGAGAUAAGAAUCCAACAGAUUCUUUUCUGUCCAUUGUGAUUUCGCCGAUCGACAACUGCAGGAGCUAUUGAGUAGUGGGUCCGCACUAGUGCCUCGUCGCUUUAUCAUGGCAGGAUCGGAAAGGCUGGCAGACGUCUUGGAGAGGGAACUGCAGAAGGAGAGCGGUGUCCUGCGCGGGGCGUCCUUGGUGACCGCCACACCACACACGUGGCACCUCCUUCUGCGGGACCCUUUCUUUGGCAGCAAGAUGACGCUGUUCCACGACGAAAAGGAAAACUAUAUUCUCCACGUAUGCUGCAAGAAGAAAAAAUAUCCUUAUAUAAGUAAUAAAAGGAAUGCUAACGUGGUCAAGCUGAGAAAUGAUUGCUUUAGUAGGAUCAAAGAAAUCAUGGCGCAGGUGGCGAUCGGGGAGGCGUUUGUAACAGCAACUAAAACCUCGACUUGGCUGCAAUUGCGGUGCAUGAUCGUUAAUGUCUGCUUGAUGCUUCAUUUCCCGGUGCACAAAAAUUCGUUGGUGGCAACCUGUCCUCAUCGCUUCAGGAAGAAAAGGAAGCUCGGUGAGGUUUCCAGUUCAGUCACCUAUUUCACGGCGUCAGGUGGAGUAUCGCAUCUCUGCAAAAAGGCGGAAAUACCAACGGAAAAGGGAUUAAACGCUGGGACUUCCUAUACCUUCAUUCACCACGAUAAUGAUGAAAUGGCCAAGGCGCUUCUGAGGAAAGUUGACGAAAGAGUGAAACAGACAGUAAGGAGGAAUGCAGAGGUCGUCCGAGUCUUCUCCGAGCGCCUGCAGACGACCUUCCCCGCGGGGGGCGUCCUCGCCGGCGCUGACGUCAUGCACUCCGGCAGCGCCUACGAGGGCCUGACGGUGAAGCCCAAGACGGACUUCGACGUGAUCGUGGUCCUCGCCCUACAGUGCCUGGAGGCCGGCUUCGAGGUGAUUCGCGAUGAAAGUUCGUUCUUUAGGAUAAAAGCAAGGAGUGGUUUCGUCCAAGCUGAGCACCUCCAGAGUCUUCUAUUUAAGGAACUAACCGAGUGCGUUAACAAGACGAAAGUGAGCGGAACGACAAUCAGGUGUCGAGAAGGUCUGGCUUCUCUCGGACGUCGAGAUCGAAACGGAGUUCGACAAGAUCUCGGUCGAUUUGUCCCCACAGAUCCCAGUUCGAACAUGGGGGAGGUGCCCAGAUCUGGUCAGCCUCGGCAGCCUCCCUCGUUGUCUCCGGCGCUACAUCGACGAGCUGAACAGGAACAAAUCUCCGGUGAUGUUCUUCAGCCCAGCUGUUCCCGGACACCAUAGAAACCGCGCCGAACUGUGCAACGUGUCUUUUUCAAUGCUGGAGAAGGAGUUUCUUCGGAAGAAUGUAACACUCCGCGACAUGGUGCGACUCGCCAAAGCCACGGCCGUGUGUCAGGAAUGGAAGGAGGAGUUCGGCCUCAAGUCGUUUCACAUCAAGCGAGUCGCGAUCAAGCAUUCGGACAAGUUGGAAGGCUUGGCGUUGUGGACCGGCUAUAAGCAGCUCCUAGGCAGCCUGUUGGAAGAACUCGCCAGCACGAACACGUUUGAUGGCUUUUUCAUCAGGAACCAAGUCAUCUACAAGAAGAAACCAGAGAAAGUUGACAUGUUAAAGGAAGAAAUCGGAAAGCUAUCGGUGGAGUUCAAGGGAGUUGAUGUCCAAGUGGCUACAGUAUGCAAAUUAACCGUGAAGGAACAGAGCCUCAGACAGAAUACAGGAACCGCAACCUAUAUAUCCGUGUGUGGAGAAAGGAAGGUUACAGAGGGGGUGGCAUUAGUAGGGGGAAAGAUUGGAUUUUCUAAUGUUUUUGCUAUGUUUUUUAACAAGAGUAUGGACUGAUACUGAUUUUAUGAAAAAAAAAGAAGAUUACUCGGUUUACCUUACUGAACUAAAGGGAGGGGCGGGUGCAAGGAAGAAGCAAUGCCUGGAUAGAUAUGUGAAACACAUCUGUAAUAUUCAGAUGAAUGGUUUUCAUUAAAAGAAGUCAGAAAAUGGUUUAACUUGAA